AUGGCAGCUUCAAGUUCAGUUGCCUUAAAAUUCUCAAUAUUGCUGAUUAUAUUACUUGCAUUUGAGGCCACAGAGACUAUAGCUGUUAGAGUAACAGUUACAAUUAUCAAUCAAUUACCGGCACCAUUUUUCAUAUUACGUUGCCAAUCUAGAGAUAACGAUCUUAAAGUUCACAAUGUCCAAUACGGAGGAAGUUACACAUUUUCAUUUAAACCAUCUGUGAUUAUUUUUAAAACUACGUUAUUCUUCUGCAGCUUUACAUGGCCUAGUGACCAUCGCCGUCAUUAUCUUAACGUAUAUGAUGAAGACCGAGACGGCCGCAACAAUUGUGAUUGGGAAAUAAAUAUAGGUGGAGGUUGUUUGAGCAAGAAGAAAAAGAAGAGAUGUUUUCCUUGGAGAAGUAUCAAGCCGAACGCAUACAACACUUCCAAGAUUGCAAGGAGUAAUGGGGUAGCCGAAUGGAAACCUGCCCACCCACUAGCUUUUUAA